AUGGCACCCGGCACCACCCUUCCAUUCAACAGGCAGCUUCCCCCAGAAGUCUGCCGCGUGAUCUUCGAGUUUGCCGUCGGAGGCAAGGUUCGCGAGGGGACAUAUUUCUACCCUGAGCAACUGAAAGGAUGGCGCCUGGUGAACAAGAGCUGGAACAAGUACUUGACCCCCCUCUUCUACAGCAGCUAUGCCUUCCAUGGCAGCCCCAACAAGAUCGCGACACUAUGGCGGCUACUGCGCCUGGUCGCCACUGAUCCAGACAAGGCAGCGUACGUCAGGCAGCUGACCUUUACGGCCAUGGAGUUGGAUGAGGAGUUCAACCCACCGAAUGCCGCAGAUGUUCUCUUUGACAUAUAUCGCAAUGUCGUCGAUCCCUGGUUCAACAGACCCAUUGCAGACGUAGCCGACCUUAGCGUCGUGCGCCGCCAGCUCAACGAGACGUAUCUCGCGCCCGACGGCAGGCUCAAGCAGGAAGUCCGCUCCAAGAUUUCCACUCUCCACUACCGCACUCUCCACCAGAAGAACCGAGACUGGCUUGACGGGGUGAUGAACGACAUCGGAUUUAGCCAGGCCGGGCGUCUCGGCGAGGGUAUGGAUCAGCGCGCAGACAGGCUGCUCUUCAAGAGCGACCCCGAGUCUGGAUACCAGUGCCCGCUCGUCGCGAUCAUUCUCGCCCACUGCCCAAAGCUCAAUGAGUUGAACAUGCAGGUCUGGCCGUCCAAGGAUGACCCCUUCCUGGAUGUGAUCGUCGGCGAUGCGACGAAGAGAUGGCCUGGUCAGUCGCUCCCGCUGGUGACUCGGCCCUUGCAGCAAGUUAGGUACCUCGCCAUCGCACCCAAGCCAGAGCGCACCCUCGUCGGCAAAACGACCAACGAUCCCUUUGUCAUUGACAAGCGCCGACCCUACAUGCGUCUGCCGAACCUAGUCGAGUUCACCGCGCUCCACACCGAGACCACGAAGCAGAUCCUCGACACAAAGACUCCCACCAAGAUUACUGCACUUGCGAUCAACGGCCCCAACAUGGACAAGCUCCACCUCUCCAAAGUCCUCUCUCUAACCCCUCGCCUCCGCCACCUUACCCUCUCCCUCACAGGCGACGCGCGCAUUUUGAAAUCCAACACCCCGCGACCAACCUACCACGAAGGCCCCGCCCUCUACACGGAGCUCUGGAAAACCCUCUCCACCCUAAAGGAUCAACUCGAAUACCUCGACCUGCACCAAUGCCGCAUGCCCUACUACGAUUACCGUAAGUGGUUCGGCGACCGCCCGGACGUGAUCGUUUGCCCACCGCUCCCGGAAUUCACCAAGCUCCGCCAGCUUUCCAUCGCCCUCCUCCUGCUCACGGGCUACAACUGCCCGCACGCUGCGAACCAUACCAGCCUCUGCGCGCACCUCCCACCCAACCUCGAAUCCCUGGGCCUCUACACCUUCGGCGCAGGCCUCCUCCACAAAUACAUGCCGGAGUACCAACGCGCCCUCGCGGAGCUCGUCACCCCCUCAAACUCCCCACACCUCCACUCCGUCGUCCUAGACGACUACACGAACCGCGCGACCACUGAAGCAGGUCUCGAAGAUGAGCACGAACUCCACCAUACAAAGCUUGAGCGUGCCGCGAUUCGCCGCGGGGUAACUUAUAGGGUCGAUGCGGCGCGGUGGCUGUUUUAUGGUGGGUGGGAGACGCCCUUUGGGCAGGCGGCUGUGCGCGGCCGCUCGGAGCGCGAGUUAGUGUUCAAGGGCGGUCAUAGGGAUAAUUGGCCCCGCUGGGUUAUCCCAAGGGGGAUGACGGUCUUUGGGUUCAAGGGGAAGUUGUAUGAUCGGAGGAAACCGGCUGUUGCGAAGCCGAGGAGGAGGAGGAAUUGA